UCCCAUCCGCUGCCUGUCCAUUUAUUGUGGGCUAUAAAUUCUUGUCAAUGUUAUAUUUCUAUGGGUGUAGCGACCGUAAUUAGGAAAUUAUUCCACCUUCAGUAAAUGUUCCCUGUGCUGGUUAAACAGCAUCAUCCCUAUAUAUAUAAGAGAACCCCCAUCAUAAGGUCUACACCGAUCUUAUCAUUAAGAUUCAACAUGGCGUCCAAUGCAUUGAUACUGCUGAGCUUCCUCCUGGUCUUCGGGCAGCAGAGUUGGGCCAAGGGCAGCCACAGCAGCAGCAGCGAAAGUGAGGAACACAAUGUGAUCAACCAGAAGACGUGUAACGUGGCCCCGUAUGACCGGAGAGACUGCGGCUACCCGGGGAUCAGCGCCUCCGAAUGUGCCCAGAGGAAAUGCUGCUUCGACUCCAGCAUUCCCGGGGUUAACUGGUGCUUCUUCUCUAAGACCCAAGAUAAGGCUCAAUGUGGAAUCAAAACAAAAGACAGGAAGGACUGUGGUUUCCCCGGUAUAAGUGCCAAGGACUGUUACUCCAGGGGCUGCUGCUUUGAUGACAGUAAACCUGAAGUUAAAUGGUGCUUUUACCCCAAAUUCAAAGGGUGCUCUGUCAGCCACAAACUGAGAAAAGACUGCGGGUACCCCAACAUUAGUGUCAAGGACUGUCACUCCAGAGGCUGCUGCUACGACUCCAGUAUCCCCGAGACUGUCUGGUGCUUCUAUGGAUACAAAUAAAAGAAAAAAAGAUACCAGAUUCCCCCACAAGUGGAUCAGAAGAAUUUUAUCAAUCAAAUGCUGUAUCAAUGUGGUUUUGUCCGGUUCCCUUAAUCCUGUUUUAAUAAAGUGCUAAUAAAAUAUGA